AUGACAUACAGAUACAUCGAUUUCCAUCAAAGUGAACUUUCCAGUUCACUCACUAAGCUUAACCAGUGUGUAGGUUGUGUCCAACAAUGUUCUCUAGCUACCAAGCUUCACCUCAAUGUCAAGAAAACAGAAUUAAUUCGUUUUUCUUCAUGCUUUCGAGCAGUUGAAGCCAUGUCUCUACAACCAUAUCAGUUUCUGGUCGAACCAAAGUCAGAGGUCCGUAACCUUGGUGUAAUACUCGACUCUACUCUACAAAUGAAGUCCAAUAUCAAUGCUGUAUGUCGCUCUUCCUGUGCUGCUCUCCGUAAAAUUGAAAAAAUCAGAAAGUUUCUCGACAAACCCACUACUCUACGUCUGAUAUAUGCCUUUCUCAAUUCACGGCUCGACUAUUGCAACAGUCUCAUCUCUGGACUACCCAAGACACAAAUAGCUAAGCUACAGCGUAUUCAAAAUUCUGCUGCUCGUCUGGUUACCUUAACUAAGCGACGUAUCCAUAUUACACCUAUACUAUAUGAUCUUCACUGGCUUCCUGUCGACAAAAGAAUUACUUAUAAAACAUUGCUGUUAACAUACAAGGCAAUGAACAAUCUCGCUCCAGAAUACAUCACCGAACUGCUCACUCCUUACACGCAAACACACUCUCUCCGAUCCGCUUUUAAGAAUCUUCUAAAAGUUCUGAAAAGCACUACAAUCACAUACGGCUCACGGGCAUUCACCUCUGCGGCGUCUACCUUAUGGAAUGCACUUCCAGAUGAAAUCAGGAACGCCGACUCACUUCAGCUUUUUAAAACACAACUCAAAACUCACCUCUUCACUGAAAGUUUUGCUGAAUUCCUUUAA